UAUAGAAUUUGGUCGAAUUUACUAGGCUACAUAUUCACGCCCUGAGGUGCGUUUUGAGACUUUAGCCCGCCACAGACAUAUGGUGCCCGCCCCCUACAAAGGAAUGCGUCGUCACGUCGUCACACGCACGAACGAAGUCCUGCUACGUGAGGCGUGUUCGGUUCGGCAAGGACACACGUUUUACCAGUGACGGUUGUUGUUAACUGGAGUCAUUGGGCUACCUGGACCUGCUAUCCUCAUAGCCGGGACCCGGAUUCUGGACCUGAUAUUCAGCAGAAUUUUGAAGGUGAACGUAUUCCGGAAGUGGAGUUUUCAACACCCUACUGGUUGUUUGCUAGCUCUUGCUAGGAGCUAGCAGCCGUCAUUGAGUAUCACCUUUGCUGUCUCCCAGCGGGUUGAUGUUGGGUUCUGUUCGUUCCAGAUCAUAAACUGGAAUAACCUGCUGCUGUUUCUGGCUCUUCCAGAACCCAACCGAGCUGCAGGUGUGUUUGGCUACUGGACUUCUGGACAGGUGUGAAGAGGGACUGACCUUUGCCGUUCCGUGGUCUUUAGGGGAUGGUCAGUCAGUGACGGGUGGUGCAGAUCUGUGUGGUGAAUGGCUGUGAGGAGAGGAGGCGUAGCAUUCUGGGUGGGUUUUGUGUGCAGCCACAGCGGAAGACAGCCCAUCCUCAAACGAAGCUGGAUUCUCAGUCAGGUGGUGAACGGGACAUGGAGCUGUCGAAUCCGUCCACUGAGUAGUGCUCCCUGGACCUUGGCUCCUCCUAACAGCCUGAGGUACCGGACCACCCCGCAGCCCCUGCUAUCCCAUCCACUGCAUCAUGCCAGCAGCCAACAGAGAAAACCAUGCUACAAGGAGGACUGGGAGGGGGCUCUGAGUGUGUGUGUGCUGGUGCCUUCGGGCGAAUCCAACAAUGUCCUCUCUCUGCUGGAGCUCCCUGUGGUCAUUAAGCCAGGAGACAUGCACACUCUUGGAACUCAGCUGGAGUUUUCUUUCCCAGUGGCCAUUGUGGAUGGCAGCAGGGAGGAUGACAUCACGGUGGAAGAAGACAUCGUGGUGGAUGAGCUCCAGACACAACGUGGGCACCUCAGAAACCUGUUGGAAGCCGAGCGUAGUCCUGCUCCUGUGCUGUACGGCUCUCGGCUUCUCCACUGUUCAGGCUCACACACGAAGCUCCACAGGGUGGCAAAAUCCAGCCAGGCAGGUGAUGCCAACAGGACUGCAGAACUUCGGCUGUACUCAGGCAAAGCUGAAGAGAAGCUCCGCGAAGGGGAACAUGAACUAGAGGAGAACUUGGCCCUGAUGUAUGAACGACUGAGGGUAGAGCUCCCAAAUUUUUUCAGGACAAGCCAUGACUACACAAUGUAUUCCAACAAUGUGGAGUUCAUCAAUGGUCUCCUAAACACCAGGACCAGAGGUCGUUUGGUGUACCAGGUCAUGCUGUCCUCGUGGCGCUUCUUGUGUUUGUGUUACUAUGCUGACGCCCGGCUGGAUGUUCUGAAGCUUACCAAGCACAUGGAGGACGGGUCCAUUAAAGCUCGCUGGAGGAUCAAAGGUCUCCCCUUUCACUCCCUACUGCUGCGCUUCUACCGCAAAGAAAGAUCUCACCUGUACAGGUCCUUUGAUGCCUUCUCUACAUUCUACAUUGGACCUGAUGGACUCAUCCACUGUCAUAAGGUGGAAAAGGUGAUGCCAGCUCAGCCUCCUGUCCUCCCCAGAUUCCCGUCCCUCCUAACGGGGGCUCUGGUGGCUCUGGGAGUUCAGGAGCACCGACCUGCCCUGAACCUGCUUCCUUAUCUCCUCUUCUCUCGUCGUCGGAACUGAAACUGAAGCCAUGGCAAGCAGCCCGGGGAUUUUGGUCUGUUUCAGACCCAGUUAUGUUCGGAUUAAAGUUAAUGGUUAAACUGUGUUUCUGUUCUGAGAUUGGGUCAGGCCUCUGUUUGGAGUUUGGAUUUUAAUUUCUGCAGUUCUUAACAGUCUCGAAAUUCAAUGUAAAAGUCAUCUAGAUCAGAACCACGGGUCCACUUACUCAGUCCAGCGGCCAUCAUAUUAGAACCAAAGGUCCAAACCCAUCCUCCCCCACAGCCCCCACUCUAGACCAGCACCUCGAGCCUUGGGGUAGCUUGAACUGAACAUUUUCUGUCUGUGACCAUUUGUGACUGAAAAGUCUGAAGGCCAUCGGUUAUUUUGAGGGAUUGCAAUUCAGGUAAGUUGAUAAAAAAUUUAACAAGGCCAGACAAAUGGAAUCAGAUGUUUUUGUUCAUCUAACCAGUGUUACCAUUAAGCUACACAUUCUCUCCACACAGCAAAUCUAUGAUGCGCAUGAAAUGAAUGCUAACCUGUAAUAUGAAUAAGAUCACUUUAUUCAAAACCACUUUUCAAUGCAGCCCAUUACUUAACGGGUGACAAGCUGUAACUACAGUUUAACAAUGAACUGAUCAGUCAAUAAAAUGACGUGGUUCACAUGCAGCCAAUCAGUGCUUCCUGUCCAAUUACUGUAAGAUGGACCAUCCCUCCGUGAUGCCACCCGUAGGUUUCUGAAGAGCCACAUUAAAGCCCAGUGGGCAUUUCCCACUGCCACCAUCUUGGUUGUGUAACGCACCUUGUCACUUCCAGACAAUACAAAAAUGGACAAACAGCAUGGAUGGGAGCCUUCAUCUGUCAUCCAUCAGAGGGCGGAAACACGCUCCUACACCGUAAAACCCUGGUUGGAAUGACGCUCAGGAGGAACAGGAGACAUCAAGAACAUUCUCCCAUUUGUUCAGAGACACUCCCAUUCAUAAACAGUCUGGCUCUGAAGAACAAUGUCCUACUGAGACUCCAGAUUAACAAUGUUACUCCUGCAACUGUGGGUAAUCAUGUUACACACGCAGUGGCCUGCCAGUCAGGUUGAGUGAUGAUGGACACUUGCUGUAGUUCAUGUGCUUGUUUAGUUGUGUCUUGAUCGUAGUUAAAAUAUAAAAAGACUCAAGAGGAAGUUAAGAAAAUACACUGACAUUUGAAAUGUUUAAACUGAGUAUUGACAUCAUUACACAAGUACUAAUAAAAAAGGAAGGUUAUAUAAGUUAGUUGUUUUGCAUGGUUAUAUUAACGAAAUUUUGUUCCAUGAGUAUAAACCAAAGUUUUGGGUCAAUACUCAGAAGUAGGGUUUAAAAGUAUCAAUUUGGACUUUUUACUUGAAUUAAAGUAAAAAAGCACUGGUCUCAAAACUACUUAAAGUAUAAAAGUGAUGUAAGUAAAAAUAAUGCCAUUAAGGACAAAGAUUAAAGGCACAAUGUGAUGUUU